AUGACUGUGACGCGGGUGGCGGAAUCCCGCACCGAAUUUAAGUUAAAAAGUCUUCCUGAAGAUGCUAUAUCCAGCGUGAAAUUUGCACCGAAAUCUAGCCAGUUUCUUCUCGUUUCUUCCUGGGACUGUUCAGUAAGGUUAUAUGAUGUUCUCUCCAAUAGCGAACGGCAUAAAUAUAACCAUGAACUACCUGUAUUGGACGUAUGCUUUAGGGAUGCGGUUCAUUCCUACAGUGGGGGCCUGGACCAAACGUUGAAAAUGUAUGAUCUCAAUGCUGGCUCUGAAACUGCGCUUGGUGAGCAUAAAGGAGCCAUUAGAUGUGUGGAGUUUGCUAGUGAAGUUAAUGCCGUGUUGACUGGCAGUUGGGACGGGACGGUGAAGAUGUGGGACAGUAGGGUUCCUAAUUGUGUUGGCACUUAUAAUCAAGGCAAUGAAAGGGUAUACACAAUGAGCAUAGUUGGAGAGAAAUUUGUUGUGGGCACAUCAGGUCGCAAGAUUUUUGUUUGGGAUGUCCGAAACAUGGGUCACGUAAACCAAAGAAGAGAGUCAUCAUUGAAGUAUCAGACACGUUGCAUCCGUGUAUUCCCCAACAAACAGGGUUAUGUACUGAGCUCUAUCGAGGGUCGUGUGGCCGUGGAAUACCUAGAUAGUAACCCUGAAGUUCAAAAGAAGAAAUAUGCAUUUAAAUGUCAUCGUAUCAAAGAUGGAGGUUUGGAAAAGAUCUAUCCUGUUAAUGCAAUUAGUUUCCACUCCAUAUACAAUACAUUUGCAACUGGUGGAUCGGAUGGCUAUGUCAACAUAUGGGAUGGAUUCAACAAGAAGAGAUUGUGUCAGUUCCAUAGAUACAAUACGGCCGUGUCAUCGCUCAGCUUCUCUCAUGAUGGAACGGCUCUGGCCAUUGCUUGCUCCCAACUAGACGAGACUCAAAUUGAAGAACCCAAGCCAGAGGACACCAUUUAUAUAAGAUAUGUAACAGACCAAGAAACUAAACCCAAAUGA